GCAUAAAUUCUCAAAGGCAGAGAAAAAGCUAGGGUUUCAUCUUUGCUGCAGAACUAUCAUCUCCUUCAGAAAACGAACUACGACACGAUGAUCUACGACGUUAACUCUCCUCUGUUCCGAUCCUUCCUCAGCCAAAAGGGAGGUUCCUCCGAUAAGAGGAAAACCGAGGAACAGAAGCCAAAAGAGCAGAGACCCAAAGCCAAUGAGAACAAACCUGUUAUGACAGAGUGAUAGCAGCUUGGCUCCAUUCAGGUGUGGAAUGGAAUUGGAUAGUAGGUAGUUGUUUUGAUGGUGCUAUAAAGUUAUUUCUUGGCUGUAUUUGAUAUUUGUCAUGUGACUUUGUAGCAUGUCAUUGUAAUGGCUUGAUUUCGGUUAUUGCUAUUAUAAUGUUAUGAACUUGUGAUGGACCGGUUUUAAAUUCGAUGCAUAAUAUGCAAUGAAGGCACUCGUUUAGAAGUUUA